AUGUUCUGGAAUACUCUACUCGAUCCAUUAUUGCAAACAACGGAGAACACACAAGCCCAUGUACAAGCCUUUGCAGACGAUAUCUUGAUUAUCGCCAGUAACCAAGACGGACAAAAACUAGAGAUAACCUUAAACCACACUCUUAAAAUAAUAACAGAAUGGGGCAAAAAACAUAAAUUAAGAUUUGCUCCCCAUAAAACUCAGUCGGUGCUAAUAACAAGGAAACAAAAAUUUCAUCGGCCUUUGCUAAAAAUGGAAGAAGUAGAAUUACAAUACUUGGAUCAACUGAAAGUUCUGGGCUUAACAAUAGACCAAAAUAUAAAUUUUAAGCCCCAUCUGGAUAAUGUUUGUCGCAAGGCUAUUAAUAUUUACAAAAUGGUCUCAAGAGCAGCGAGGGCUAACUGGGGCCUGAACUCAGAUAUAUUGAGAACAAUCUACAUGGCAGUCGUAGAACCAACCAUAUUGUAUGCUGCCAGCUGCUGGGCCGAAACAACAAACAAAAAGUAUAUUGAACGCAUACUCAACAGAAUGACCCAGAUUUUUGGUAUACGAAUUAGUAAAGGACAUAAGACUAACUCCCUGAUAUCCAGUACACUCUUAUCAAAAAUAAUACCGCUAGCACUAAGAGCCAAAGAGAACGCUAGUAUAUAUGAAAUUAAGAGAGGCAAACCUAUAGAGCUUUUACCAGGAAGAGAAAUCGAAACAAGAAUAAGCCCCUAUGAUCUCCCACAUCCUUGUGAAAGAAUACAACGUAACUUCAAACACGUAAAUAACCAGAAAGAUAUUGACGAGAUAAAAAACGACUGGGUUAGAAUCUUCACCGAUGGAAGCAAGAUCGACGGAAAAGUGGGAGCAGCAGUAACAGUUUGGCACAAUGGACUCGAAAUUAAAACAAUAACUUUCAGGCUGGAGAGCUACUGCAGUAUUUACCAAGCGGAGAUGAUGGCAAUACAAAGAGCGCUAAAAUAUAUAAUAAGCAAAAAAUAUCCAGGUGCAAAUAUAAUUAGCGACUCUAGAUCGGCAAUUACCACUAUCUGUGACCCAGUGUCUCUUAAUCCAAUAGCAUCAGAAAUACGAACAAUGAUCAAGACUUUAGAAGACAACCGAAAGCAAGUCGAGCUUUAUUGGAUUAAAGCACACUGCGGAAUACAAGGCAACGAAAGAGCAGACGAACUUGCUAAGCAGGCAGCUAUAAAAAAUAAGCAAAGCCCGGCUUAUGAUAAAUUCCCAUUGUCGUAUGCAAAGCGCCUCACCAGAAAUACGACUCUGCAAAUAUGGCAAAGGAAGUACGAACAAGCAACAACCAGUAGUAUAACGAAAAAGUUCUUUCCAAAUAUUGUUAAAGCCUAUAAGACAUUAAAAAGUAUAAAAAUGAAUAACUUAGUUACACACUUGUUUACCGGUCAUGGGGGAAACAAAGCCUAUUUGUAUAAGUAUAAAUUAUCCUCAUCCCCAUGCUGCAUAUGCGAUGAAAAUGCAGACCAAACUAUAGAGCACAUUGUCAUUGAUUGCCCACGUUUUGGGAAAAGAAGAUUCGAGACCGAGUGCAGCAUGGGGGAGGAGAUAGUAGCAGAAAACUUAAAAUUUAUUAUAGAAGAUGACUAUUGCCGACCUAUCUUUAUGAAGUUUGCCCUUUUGGCAUUAAAAAGCAUAAGUAAAGAAAAUGGUAGUAAAAUUAUAGAUUAA